GCCCACUCACCCUCUUCGACGCAGCGACCACCCACCCAUCAGACCGGGAACGGCCCCUAGAACAUGCCGCACGAGCAGGAGCACCACAGCGAGCAGCACGCCCCACGCGCGCCCGACGCGCCCAAGCCCAAGAGGCACCCCAUCCUGAUCAUCGUAAUGGGCGUAGCGGGCACGGGCAAGACCACGCUCGCAAACGCCAUCCAAGCGCGCCUCGGCCUGCCCUACAUCGAGGGCGACGCCCUCCACCCCGCCGCGAACAUCGCGAAGAUGUCCUCGGGCGUCCCGCUCACCGACGCCGACCGCGAGCCGUGGCUCGACCUCAUCCGCACCACCGCCGAGCACAUGGUCGCCGAGCAGCAGGCGGACCCGUCGUACACCGGCCGCCCGGGCGUGCUCGCGACGUGCUCGGCGCUGCGCGGGUACUACCGCGACAUCCUCCGCGGGACGCGUGCGCCGCCUGGCUUGCAGCUCCCUGAGCACGUCGCGCCUGCGGAGCCGCACCGUCUGCCUGCGUACUUUGUGUACAUCAAGGGCGAGCCAGAGGUCAUUCGGGAGAGGAUAUCGAAGAGGGAGGGGCACUAUAUGAAGCCGGGGAUGCUGGAUAGCCAGCUGCAGACGCUGGAGAGUCCCGAAGGCGAGGAAGGCGUCGUGGUGGUACCGCUGGAUGCGUCGACGGAAGAGCAGACGGACAUUGCUAUCAGGGAGCUGAACAAAUUACUGCCCGAACCUCUCGAGCGGGCAGUUGGGAAUUAGAUGCUUGUGGGCUGUGUAGAGAACCGACAGAGAAUACAUGAAUAGACUGUACUUGUACAUCUCACACAACCGCCUAGUUGGCCCAUGCC